CAAGUGAUCAGCAUUGAUGAGAAUCUAAAUCCCCAACGCAAACCCCCACCCCCGCAACAUCGGUGGGCCGCCCGAGGCUGUCACCGGGAUGAAUCUGCCUGAUAACAGCCUUCCUAAGGGCAUCAUAAAAAGGGCCGACGUCCCUGGACCUCAAGGCAGGGUAUCGAGUAGAUACAGCAGGACAGUCACCCCAUACCCAGAAAUCACUUGCCCAAAAUGUCCUCCAGCCCAAAGUUGAACAUUCCUGCCAGCACCAACACCUGUCAACUAUCAAUCAUCAACACUACGUGUGAUAUAACAUGUCCAACCCACUAUCUCAUCGAGCCCAAGGUGGCAGGAUACGAUUGGCUCAAUCUGCCGACCUUCUCCUUCUAUAUCAAGCAUGAGAAGUCGGGUAGGGAGUUACUCUUCGAUCUAGGUUCUCGUAAGGAUUGGCAGAACUCGGUCCCACAAAUUGCACAGCUCGUCAAUGACCACGUCAAUGGACUCAAGGUGGACAAAGAUGUUCUAGACAUUGUUCAAGAAGGGGGAGUUGAUGCCGCCAAUAUUGAAGCUCUGAUCCUAAGUCACUGGCACUACGACCACUGCGGGAAUCUUGCAGCACUGUCCAAGAACACAAAAGUCCUGGUUGGCCCCGGCUUUCGAGAUGCUUUCCUCCCUGGUUAUCCUGCAAAGGAAGACUCUCCAUUUCAUGAGGCCGAUUUCAUCGGGCGAGACGUUGUCGAGGUUCCGUUCUCAAACGACCUCAAAAUUGGCCGAUUCCAGGCCCAUGAUUACUUUGGCGAUGGCAGUUUAUAUAUUCUCAAUGUCCCGGGUCAUGCCAUUGGGCAUAUAUCUACACUGGUCAGGACGACACCAGACACCUUUGUCUUCCUAGGUGGGGACGUCUGUCAUUUCACUGGAGUAAUUCGACCAACAAGUCAUAUUCCUCUACCAGAUGAGAUUCCUCCUGAAGCUGUUCUCGAUAGUCGCAUUGCAAGACCAUGUCCCUGUUCGGCAUUUCUAUCAUCUCACCCUGAUCCGAAAAAUGGACAGAAGACGCCUUUCUUCACCAUCUCAACUGCACCAGAGACCUUCUACGCCGACAUCCCUACUUCUCGAAAAUCUAUAGAGGCACUGCAGGAGUUUGACGCUGAUCCAAACGUCCUGGUUGCUAUAGCCCAUGAUCCUACGGAGCUAGAAGUGUUUGAAUUCUUCCCCCAGCACACCAUGAAUGACUGGAAGGCCAAGGGUUGGAAGGAAGCAGUCCAUUGGGGUUUCCUAAGCGAGGUACCAUACAAUGGAAAAGUGGUUAGGGGACAUCUAGUCGACGGGCUUUAUAAAGAAGGGGAAAAGAUUCGUGGCCUUGUCAAAGAUAACUAA